GCGUAAAUGAACGCGUUCACGAAAACCCGUGACACCCAAGUCAAUACAACAUUAGCGAGUUUUGAACGACUCGUUUAUGAUUCGCACAUGGCUAUUACGAAAGUUACUGGGAGGGAAGUAAAGUCAGAGCACAACCGACAGUCUGCACCGUCGCUAACAUUUCCAUGUGCCGUUGUGUGCGUGGUGGCACAGUCCUCGUCAUUUUGAAGACGGCGAAACAAGCGUUCUCGUGCUAACGUUAGCUAUAACAUGGCUACUCCUCAUUUCGGGACUUUGACUGAUACAAGAGGAUGAGGUAAAGGCAAAAACAACCCCAGCAUGACGGCUGGUAGGAGCAUCAUCAUCAUGGAGAUCAGCACCACCCCCAGCAUCCUUCCACAGGAGGCAGGAGACCUGCUGGAUCCCUCAUCCAGCAUAUCCAUCAACAAGCUCCUCCCGGCUCUGUUCAAGUGCUUUGGCAUCAUCCUGUGUGGCUACGUAGCCGGCAGGGCCAACAUAAUCACCUCUUCCCACGCCGAAAGUUUAGGCCACUUUGUGUCCAAGUUUGCCUUGCCUGCACUCCUGUUUAAGAACAUGGUGCUGCUGGACUUUAGGGAUGUCAUCUGGCCCUUCAUCUGGAGCAUCCUCAUAGCCAAAGCGUCGGUAUUUGUCAUCGUUUGUGUCCUCACACUGCUGGUUUCCAGUCCAGAGAGUCGCUACAGCAAAGCUGGACUCUUCUCGAUAUUCGCUACCCAAAGCAAUGACUUUGCUCUGGGUUAUCCCAUUGUAAAAGCUCUAUAUCAGAGCACAUACCCAGAAUACCUCCAGUACAUCUACCUGGUGGCACCUGUGUCGCUCAUGCUGCUAAAUCCCAUUGGCUUUGCCUUUUGUGAGGUCCAGAAAUGGAAGAAUCAGAGAGACCACCGGCAAAGCAAACUUCUGAUUGUGGGACAAGUGGCCUUACAAGUCCUCAAGAACCCGAUUGUUUUUAUGGUUGUCAUCGGCAUCGGGGCCCAUUUUGCUCUGCGGCAGACUGUGCCUUCGUUCAUGGCGGAUUUUGUGGAUGGUUUGGCCAACUCUUUUGAGGGAGCUGCUCUGUUCUACUUGGGUCUGUCCAUGGUGGGCCAGCUGAAGAAGUUAACCAGGUCCACUGUGGUCACGUUGAUACUGCUCUUGACAGCAAAACUGUUGCUGAUGCCUCUGAUUUGUGAAGACAUGGUGGAUCUCCUGGAUGACACCAGCCCCUCGAACCACUCAAGCCUCUCCAACUAUGCUUUUCUUUACGGAGUAUUCCCCACAGCGCCCAGCGUCGCUAUCUACGCUGCGUAUUAUAACUCACAGCUGGAAGUGGUGAUUUCUGGGAUGGUGAUUAGCACUUUCCUCUCAGCUCCAAUCAUGUUUACCUCAGCCUGGCUGCUCACUCUGCGCCGGAUGGACCCUCGGCUCGUGAUGAACGCUUUGCAAGACGUCAGCUUUGAUAUCAGCAUUGUCAGCUUGGUGGCACUUCUGUGGACCAUCGCCGUCAUGCUUUUCAGUAAGAAGUUCAAGAGGCUGCCUCACAUGUUUACCACCAACCUUUUCUUGGCACAGUUUCUUACUUGUUUUGGAAUGAUCCUGUGGAAAUUUGUGGUGACGCAAGACAACUUCAUUGGUCAGCUCCUGACUUUUACACUGCUGUGCACUUCACUCUACGGCACGUAUGUGUGGCCAGGAUUAAUUGCGCUCUCCAUUGUGCUUCUGAGGAGGUUUGGCAGUCUGAAAGUUUCGUCAGGCGUGAUUGUGGUUGCUGGCUGGGGGAUCCCUGCCUUCAUAACUGCUGUGUUGCUCAUUUGUGGGGAAAAAAUGCCUGACACCCUCGACUCAUCCCUCUUCUACAGCAAACCACAGAUCAUCUGCACCACAAUAGUGCUUUUACUCAGCAUCGUCCUAGUAGGGAGCUCCCUGCUGUUACUCAGUAGAGGAAGCUGGGCCCAAAAUGAGCAAAGUCAGGAGGGAAACACGUCUGUGGAAGACCUUGUGACCGAAACGGAACAAGAUAGCCAGUGUUCGUUUGAGCCAGAAGCCCAUUCAGCAGAUCUCAGCAGAGUGUGCCACAUGUGUGAGUGUGCACGGCCACAGCCCAUGCCUGAUAUGAUCAUCAGCACCAAUAUGAACCACACAGCAAGCACACUUGCAGGUCAAAAUGAGAAUAGCAGCGAGUCGACGGUCUGCCUGGUCUUCAGGGUGGACGAGCUCCAUCAGAAUGAGCAGAGACAAAUAUCCCGUCACGUGCUCUUGUGUUUGCUUCUGGGUGUGAGCUCGCUCGCUAACUUGUCCAGCUGUGUGUGGGUGCUCUUCCACCAAAACCCGAGCCGACUUUACGUGGAGCUGCAGUUCUUCUGUGCGGUUGCCAAAUACGGGCAGGGUUUUCUCUCCUUUGCGUUGUUCGGACUGGACAAACACUUGAUUAUCCUGCCGUUUCGCAAGAGGCUGCACAGACUGUGGUAUGGAAAGCGGCAAGAAGAGCAACCGCCACAUGAUUUACCUGAGGAGAUCAGAAUGACCUGCACCGACUUUGUCAAACACCAUAAAGACAAAUGCUUUCACGACAUCGUCAGGAAGAGAAGGUGCAGCGUGAGGAUGAUGGUGGACUGUUUCUUAGGCUGUGAGCUUGUGGAGUGGCUGCAGCAGGUGGGCUUAGCUCAGGAUGCAGGUGAGGCUGUACUCUACGGCACACGCCUGCAGCAAGGCGGCGUUCUUCAACACAUCGAGCAAGAACACACCUUCCAGGACGGCCGGCUUUAUUACUCCUUUGUGACGUAAGCCGCCCGUCGCCCACUGAGCGCUUUAACUUCAGCACGGUGUAAAGAUUGCUAUUCCACGCACAUGCUGGAUAUAUGCUAUGCAAUAAUAACGCAUGAAUCACGAACGUGGUAGCUCAGCCGGUAGUUAUGAGAGCUACGACAACAUUGACAGCAGUUCCUCUGGGAGGGCUCUUACUUGACUCGUGCACUGCUUUGAAAGGCAAACGAGAUGCGCAGAAUCACAUACGUGGAAAAAUAAACUCGCCACUCAACUAAUGAUGAUGGAAUAGAUGUAUCUACAAGAGAUAUUCAUGCAUGCUCAGUUUAUAAGACUUGAGAGGCAAAAUAUUCACACCAUGAGUCGAUGGAGCGACGAUAAGAUUCAUAUUGUUCAAUUAAUACCUCUCAGCGACAGUGUCUUUACUUUUAUAAAGGAUGAAAUGCCAUACAGUUUUUUUAUUGGGUGUUAGUGUGAAUGUGUACCUAAGGUUGUGGCCAGUGCCUGAAGUGCUUCUCGGCAAAGAAUCCUGCCUGACUGCUGUCUACAGGUAUUUUAAGCGACUUGUCUUCACAUUCUGUGUGACAGAACAAAUGAAAUGUGCAUGCAGUGCAGUGGAACCUCGGGUUUUGUUAUUCAUUUGUUCCAAAAGGGCAGACGAAACCUGAAUCAACGUUUCCCAUGGGAAAUAAUAUCAGUCCAAUUAAUCUGUUCCAGACACCCACAGAAUAUGAACAAAAAACACAUUUUAGAGAGAAUAAGCAUAGUUUUACAUGCAGACAACAAAGUGAAGUACAGUAAUCCCGCCUUUUUUAUUGUGGUUAAUUGGUUCCAGACCCGAAUGUGAACUUUGGCCAAGUAGGAUUCCUUAUUCCUAAAUGGAAUAUUUUCGUAUUUAGAGCAUAGAAAAACAGUUUCCGACCUCCUAAAUGCAUUUUUUAAAACAUUAUUAGAGCCCUCUAGACAUGAAAUAACAUAACUAGUGAACUAGGAAGGAAUCCUUACAUCACAACCCUGUUGUUUCAGACGCUACCUUCCCACUUUGCUCCUACUUACUUCUUGAAUUAAAUGGCGGUUCGCACUCUUUAUCAAAGUUCUCAAAAAAAUCACAGACAUGUUCGCCUAAAUAUGCAGUGCACUUGAACACCUCAUCAGCACAGGGCGCACAGUGAUUAUUAGGAGGAAGAAAGGAGACAGAUACAGACUUGCUCAUUUUGGGUGUGUUCUAUGAGCAAAUAAAACACUCACACAUACAUAAUAAAUAAUAAAUAUGAUUAAAGGAUUCCUUGGCUGGAAUCUGUCUAUAGUGUCCCAACUCUAAAAGAACCACUAUCCAUUUGGCUUUCAGCAAUGUGUGGAUGCUUUGUUUGGACGCACGACUACUUUGUUAAGCGCACUGUUUGCUCGUAUGAUAACCGAGACAUUGUACGAAAACAGAGAUAGAUUUUUGACGAUAAUUUUCAUCCAAAUCCUACGAAAUCAACCGAGGUACCACUGCACAUGAAAUUUAGUCCAAUGGUGAGCAAACACUACUUAUGUGGUGGUCAUAUUGCUAUUGUUUAAUCACCACAGGCCUUAAUGAAGUGCAUAACUACAUAAAACAUUUGUUUUAAUAGCAAUGUCAGCUUUUCAUGCAGCAGUAUUUUAUGCAAUCCAUGAAACUUCGUUUUCUUUAUUUUUAUCUGAGGUCAGUACGUGAGUAAAUAUUUCGCAGUGUUUUAUCUCUAUGCCAAAGAAAAAAAAAGGUAAGAUGAUAUUUUUUUUUAAUUUAUUUAUCUAAUUUCAUUCAGUGUUCAUUCAGUUUAGCUUAUGAACGUUUGAUUUGUUUGUAGCACAGUUGCCAUGGCAAUGCUAACAUUAUGCUAAGCAAUGGUGACUGUUUUAUCAGGGAUACAUUAGCUUGGGUGGCAACAAGCACAUGCUUCAAUUGCCAUAAAAAAUAUGACGUAUCAUAGAUGAACACCAUGUGAAAAUAAAUACCCAUUUUUGUCUCUCAGGUGAAAUGAAUUGAUGAAUGAACUAUUGCUAGAUGGAUGGUUAAUGGUACAGUAAUUAUGAAUGUAUUCAAACUAGUGUAAAUAAUACAGGGUGUCCAUAAAGUCUCUUUCAAAUUUAAGUGGAGACGCUCCGUGUCAGCUUUCUUACCGAUAUCGUCCAGCACUUCAUUACGGAUACCGAUAUCGGCUCUUCCGUCAAACUGAUGUGGUGGAAUGAAGACAUGAUGAUUCUUCUACUGGAUGUAUUUCACAAAAGUGCUACAUUUUGUGGAAAAUAAAACAAAUACUGCAAUACAGUAAGCAGUACAAGUUCUAGAGAAAGCGCCAAAACGCUGCGUGAGUCCAACUGAUUCUUCCUGAAGUCUGACGUUAUGUUCCGCAUGACAGGUCGGACUUUAGUGUAGCGUUUCCUAAGUUUUCAUGUAAUUUCCUGUUAUGUGCUAUUAUUUUGGUUUUUCUGUUUCCUGUUUAGCACCAUGUGACUUUGCAGUCGCUGGAAAGCGCGUGCAGCGGUAUCUGUUUCCCAGUAGUCGUCUAAUGGUACUAUUUACGUGUCACAGCGUACUUUACAUUUUGCACUGUUGAAUCUUAAGGAGGUUUUAAGUAAAGCUUCAAAAUGGAAAAAAGAAGAAAUGGGAUUGAGAUAAAAAAAUGUUUUGAGUAAGCAGUUUAUUGCAAACAAGCAUUAAAGUGAAAUAGGCUGUUCUAAAGUUUAAGACCACAGCCUUUAAAAGGCAAAAUCUUGGCAGGAGAGCACCAAACACGGGACAUGUGGAAGAAAGUUUUAUUCUUUGAUGAGGAAAAAUGUAAGCUUGACGGUUGGCUUCCAACGUUACUGGCAUGACAAGGAGAUCCCGCCUGAGAUGUUUUCCACACGGCACAGUGGAGGGGGCGCCAUCAUGAUCGUUCAAUGAAACAACGGAGCUUCAGGUUGUGCAGGGGCGUCAAACGGCAGAUGGCUAUGUGGAGAUGUUGCAGGGGGCAUCCCUCAUGACUGAAGGCCCUAGUCUGUGUGGUAAUGACUUUUUGAACAGGACAACGCUGCUCUUCACAAAGGACUUCUUCCAGAGGAAUAAGCUCACUCUUUUGGACCAUCCUGUGUGUUCCCCUGAUCUAAAUCCAGUGGAGAACAUUUGGGAUGGAUGGCAAGGGAAGUUUACAAAAAUGGACAUCAGUUCCAGACAGUGGAUGACCUCCAUGAAGCCAUCUUCACCACCUGCAGCAACAUUCCCACGAGCCUCCUGGAAACACUGGCAUCAAGCAGGCCCUAACCCAUUUAUCAGCUCAUUAACAAGAAUGGCACAGCUGCUCAUUACGGACUGCUUGUUUUCAACACUUUAUUUAAAUUUUAGGGGGGGUUUCACAUUUUUUUGAGCUAUGGCCUCAAACGUCUGAUCAGCUGAUGAACAGCCUAUAUCCAACAGUUCAAAAUGCACAUUCUUGCAAUUUUUCAAAAAAAACGAUAACAGUAUAAUCCGAUAUUUAAUUUUUAUGCCGUAUCGCCAAUUUUAUCGGACAUCCCUAAAUUUAACAAUUCAAACAAUAAGUCAACUUUUACAAAAUGAGGAGUGGAUAUUGAUUUUUUUUUCCCCCUCUUUAUAAGACACCUCUAUAUGGGCACCAUUAGUUACACAAAGCAUAUGAAGGGGAUACUGGAUUUCCUGCCAUAUUCACUGUAGCAUAGCUGCAGGCUGUGGGCGAGUCUUUGUUCCAUGCAAUGAUAUCUAGAACAUAACCCCAUAGAAAGAAGUGCAAGGGUGAAUGAGGAUUGAGCACAACCCAUUUCAUCAACAGCGUACCUGGAAAAACACAAAUUAAAAUCUUUGAUAACAACACGGUCUACAUAGAACAUAUCUCAUGAUACUUUGUGGACACCCUGUGCUGUUUCUAAUAAAGUCAGUGUUAAUGUGUGACACAUUUUGUAAAGUGCUGCAUAUUUAUCAUUGUUCCAAAUAAAUCUUAUUACUGCAGUUGUUUUUCCUCAUCUUUCCUGAUUUCUUUCCAUGUUUCACCAAUGAAGCUAAUCUAGAAUUUUCCAUGUAUUUGAUCAGGCACGCUCAUAACUGACGUUGUGUGAGUUAGAAGCCUUUGCUGUACAGCUCCAUCUCAUCCUUCACGCAGCUUGAGAACACAUCCACCAAAACGUCAGGCUGCUUAACACCAUGACGAAGAAUCUCUUCCAUCUCUUUCAUUCUCUCGCUUUCCAACUUCCUCAUGCCGAGCAUGAUCUUCUCUCCUCGCUCCUGCGGAGAACAGCAAAUGUGAGUAAGAAGAAGUGUUUUUUCGUGACGAGACGAAGGGGUACCUCGUUGUACCUUGUGCGUGUCGAUGACGGCGGCCGCCGCCUCGUGUUUGCCAAACAACGCGUGCCUUCGGUCGGGCUUACUCUGGAAGCGCGGCUUCCUCUUUACUGGGUCGUCUGGGCCGUAACUGGGGGAGGUGGUCUCCUUCAGAUCCCCGCUGGUGUUUUGUGCAAAGGCGAAGGGUUUGAACACAGACCUGUUGUACAAAAGAGGAAGUUAUUUCCCCACCUGUAUAACUUUUCUUAGCUUUCCCGUGAUGGGUAGGAACCAAACCACAAGUAAUUGACACGCGCAUAACAAUGUCUGUUUUUAACACACUGCUCGCUCCUCCACCUCCAAACCCUCCUGCUGGCUUGACAUUGGCGUUAUCCGCUAAUUUUGGAUUGACAUUUGCAAUAAAAAGUGACUGUUGUAAUGCUUAGAUUAGAUUCAGCUCUAGAACCCUUCCCUUCUCUCUUCAAAUGCCAUUGUUCACUCGCGACACAAUCCAGGUUUAAUCCCUAAAUUUCAUGGAAUGGGAGUCACGGUGUAGCCUUUAGUCUGGUUGUUGUAAUUCCAGCAAGGACUUACCAUCACAUAUUAACUUGUGUUCACCUCUGGGCAAGUUUUCAGGCCCUAUUGACUGUCAAAUCUAAGGUUAACAUAGCAAAAUAAAUUUCAGCCUCACACAGCACAACUAUGGUGUGUUCAAGGACCACCGGACAAAGUGCAAAAUGUCAACGCUUGACAAAAAAACAUUAUCAGUGAAGCAUAAAGACAUAAAUAUGUAAAAAUGGUGGCCUUUUUUCCAACAGUGGUACAUGUAUGCAUCACGUAUUUGUAAAUUAUUAUUGACUUAUGGCAGGGGUGUCCAA